UUUAAAAUACAGAUUAAACUUUAAACUAAUAAUUGAUCAUCAGGGUGAAAAACACUGAGGCAAAGUUAACAUUAAAGGGGUGAACAAGGCACUAGGACCUAGGAGAAGUCUCAUCCACCCUGGCAGGAAUUUCUUGCUUGGAGCUCAGACAACAAAGGCAGAGUGAGACUGGUUUUCUUUCUCUCAGCAUCUCCACCCUACGAGCUGAAAACCGCUUCAGAUCUUUAGGGUUCACCAAACUAUGGAACUUGAUUUUGGACACUUUGACGAAAGAGAUAAGACGUCCAGAAACAUGCGAGGCUCACGUAUGAAUGGAUUGCCCAGCCCCACUCACAGUGCUCACUGUAGCUUCUACCGAACCAGGACCUUACAGGCACUGAGUAAUGAGAAGAAAGCAAAGAAGGUGCGUUUCUAUCGCAAUGGGGACCGCUACUUCAAGGGGAUUGUGUAUGCCGUGUCCUCCGACCGCUUCCGAAGCUUUGAUGCUUUGCUGGCUGACCUGACCCGUUCUCUGUCUGAUAACAUUAACCUGCCUCAGGGAGUUCGCUACAUCUACACCAUCGAUGGGACCAGAAAGAUUGGGAGCAUGGAUGAACUGGAAGAAGGGGAAAGCUAUGUCUGUUCAUCUGACAACUUCUUCAAGAAGGUGGAGUAUACCAAGAAUGUUAAUCCCAACUGGUCCGUCAAUGUGAAGACAUCAGCCAAUCUGAAAGCACCUCAGUCUCUGGCCAGCAGCAACAGUGCCCAGGCAAGGGAGAACAAGGAUUUUGUGCGUCCCAAGCUGGUGACCAUCAUCCGCAGUGGGGUGAAGCCCCGAAAGGCUGUUCGCGUGCUCCUGAACAAGAAGACUGCACAUUCGUUUGAGCAAGUUCUCACUGAUAUCACUGAAGCUAUAAAACUGGAGACGGGUGUGGUCAAAAAACUGUAUACCCUGGAUGGGAAACAGGUGACCUGUCUCCACGAUUUCUUUGGGGAUGAUGAUGUGUUUAUUGCCUGUGGUCCGGAAAAAUUCCGCUAUGCACAGGAUGACUUUUCUCUGGAUGAAAACGAGUGCCGUGUAAUGAAAGGGAAUCCUCCGACCACUCCAGGCAGCAAGUCGUCCCCAACCCCUCAGAAGAGCUCAGCAAAGAGUCCAGCCCCCAUGCGCCGGAGCAAGUCUCCAGCUGAUUCAGGUAACCAUCAAGAUGCAAAUGGAACAUCAAGCAGUCAGCUGUCUACACCCAAAUCCAAGCAGUCUCCAAUCUCCACACCUACCAGUCCAGGGAGCCUCCGUAAGCACAAGGACUUGUACCUGCCUCUGUCCUUGGAUGACUCUGAUUCCCUUGGAGAUUCCAUGUAAAGGAACACAAUGUUAAUUGUCCUUAGUACAAGCUAUGUUUAAAAUACAGUACAGUACUUCUGCCAAAAGAAGCAGAUAGAUGACUGGUACUUUCAAAUCAAAGGACACAACGUUAUAUGUCAUUUUUUUUCUGUGAUUUUUCCUCCGUGCCACAAAUCGACACCUAUCAACUAAUAGGGAUAGAGUGAUACCAUCCUUCUGAGUAAUUAUAUAGGGAUGUAAAAUUGCCAGCAAUCUGACACCAAUGAUCUCAUGCAUUUCCCUUUUACUUCAAUGUUUUUCUUCUGCUCUAAGUUCUUGAGUUUACUAUUGACUGCAGAAAAGUUGACAGUUCCCACUAGAAAUACAUAAAUAAAUCUUUCACUGAUCAAUUCUAAAGCUAAAAGAAAACAAAUACUAAUCUCCACCUUUUCAAAAUGCUGAUGAAUGCUAGCAGCUCUUUCAAAGCAGAUCUGCUUCUAAUUUUGCAUCCCUGGUUUUAGCACCUGCAUGCUGUCUAGCACCAAUUUCUGUUGCUGAAGGGUAGGGAGAGAGAUGACUUGUUGCUCUGGUAAAAGAUGCUUAAGAUGCCAGCAGAAUGUGAAACAAAGGAGUUUGGUCAAGAUUCAGAAAUGCUGCAUAAAAUGCUAAGUAAAGUUUUUAUAGCACAGUGAUUACAUUAUAAAUUUAUGUAUUGGGUCAUUUUCUAAUAAAUAAGCAAAGAUAUAUAUACAUGUCAGCUGAGUGGUGAACCAGAUUUCUCAUGUACCCAAAGAUAAUGCUGGCUGAUAUCAAGUUAUUAUACCUGCCAUAUGGUAUCUCUCUAUCUCUGCUUAUAAUAUUAAUGCCUUGUAAACAGCCAACACUGAAAACACUGUGAGAAUUUGUUUUCAGGUCUGACACCUUUAGGUCGCUUUUUGUAGCAAGAAACCAAUACACUUUUUAUAAAAAAAAAAACAAAAAAACUUGUAUCUGUGUUUUGGGAGUAAGUAUUCAAGCUCCUUUUUUAUAAAAGCUGGUGAUUUUCUUUUGUUUAAAAAACACAUUCAGAAAAAUUUACAAAAAAAAAAAGCCAAUUGCAAAACAGUAAUAACUGUGUUUAGAAAUCAUGUCAUCACUGCCAAACAGAAGAGAAGUCAAUUCAAAAUAAUGAAUGUUUUGAUAAUUUUUUUGUAAUGUUUAAACUUGCAUUUUUGGUCUAUACAAUUCAAUACCCCUAACUAUGGUCAGAGGCUCUAAUUAUAUUACAAAUGGAAUUUUGUGAUAUUCAAAGACGGUAUUUUAAGAAACUCAUAUCGGGGGGGAAAACAAACUGUUAUGGAAUUUAGAGAAACCUUUCACUUUUAUUAAUUACUAAUGACUCCUGCAGGAUGCAAAGUUUAUGUAUUUACAAAAUGCUGGUGGUUUUUACUACGCUUAGGCUUUACUGGCAUAGGUUAGUUCAGUGAACCUGACUACUACAAAACUUUACCUGGGUACAGUACAUGCAAAUAAACCUUUUGUUGUUGUUGUUUUUGCUUUUAUUUUAACUUUGUUUCAGCAGAUAUGCAGAUUAUUUUAUGUCCUUGCAAUCCCUGGUCAUUAGAAUGAAUUAUGAAGUUGUGAUAUUGGAUGCUACACGAAUGCUUGGCAAUAGGAUGACACCGUUUUGUUCCUUCAUCUGUGCCAGAAUGCCAUUCCAUAUUUUUUGUUUUUUUCCAUUGCUACCAUUAACACUCUGUACUGGGUGCAUCUUUUAUGAUGUGUAUAAUGCAAGGUGUUUUUUUUAAAAAAAGAAAAAAGAGCUGCAUGUGAGAUGAUCCAAAACAAACAUUGGAGUUACCCAGAGGUUUGAGUUAUUUUGCACCAAAUUUGCACCUACAGUCUUGAGCCCACAAUUAUUUGCACCCACAAUUUUGCAUGAGAAAUCAUUUGUUCCCACAAAAAACUUAAUUUAAAUGUGUAACCCUCUGACCACGUUGAGGUUAAGCGCUCAUUUGACCUAUUGUAUUAAGAUAUUUGACUUCAAUGCAGACGGACGAGGGUUCAUGCUCUUUCCUGGUUAGAGCUUCUUGUUGGGGAAGGACAGUUUUGUGAACAAAGCACAGGAGUGUUGUCAGGCGAUCUUAGUUCAGCCCUUGGCUCUGCCAGAUUUCGUGUAUGAACUGGAGCAGGUCUCUUAGUUUCUUGGUGCCUCAAUAUAUUUAUCUGUAAAAUGAAGAUAAUAACUGCUCUAUUUGACAGGGGCUUGUGAGGCCGAAUGUCCAUUAAUGUUUGUAAAGUGCUUUCAGACCCACUGAUGGAAGGUGCUUCAUAACUGCAAGGUUUUACUAUUUGUGGACACAAACCUGGUUAUUUUAGGGGCUGAUGGUUGGGUGUAUGAUCAAGUGGAUGCUAUUUUAGAGACCAUCCUUGAAAAUAUGGCUCUUUAAGUUUAAAGGCAUCAUAGAACAAAUUAUUUAUGCCAACACUACUACUGACUACAGCCUGUGUUACACUGAGAAGUCAAAUUUACCUUUGGCCCAAUGGAAACUGGCUUCCUCUUAUCUUCUCUGUUAGGAAUCUUGAAGAUCCCCACCACCAGUUUUCCCCCAGGGCCUUCCUAAAGGCUCUGAAUGGUAGCCACCAUCCUAUCUGUUAAAGAUGACUGAGCAGUUCUGCAGUGACAAUGAUGCUUCUUAAUGAGGCAGAGGAGUGGUCACUUGAGUGACACAAGACGCUCCCACCACAUCCAUGGUCUGAGUGUCUUGCCACUCAUCUCCCAAUCCCUGUCAGUUUAGGAGGCAAGAGACUAGCACCGAAAAAUAAAUCUGGGACUUCCUUAUAGCAGUUCAGAACACUUAUCAAUAGCUCACUGGGAAAUCCAAGUCUCUUAUAUCCAUAAGCAGAUAUGAGUCAUAUUACUGACAGCAGUACUGUACGGUGCUUUAAGAUGCAUCAGAAAACUCAGUUUGUCUUCUCCAGGAUCUGUCAAAAUCAGUUUGCAUGAGACAAAGCAGGAACCCAAAAACUGAAUGGAAUUUUGGGCAACCUACUAUGUGGGUAGCUUGAGCAGAAGUAGAUACUUUUCCAUCUGCCAUGAACAGUGCUUAGAUAAUUAAAAAACAAACAAAAAAACCCUGCUAGUGGAACUUUCUAAAGAACUGUUACAGGCAUUCUUUGUGAAUUGCACUUAACGUGACAUGUCUAAGAACUUGAUCCUGCAAAUACUCACUCAUGGGAGGAGUUUUGCAUGCUCAAGCACCACUCACAUGAGGAAGGGUUCUUCAGGACUGAGCCCGAUGAUCGUUUUUGAGCACACACUGCCUCAGCAAGGGAAUUUACAGAGGCCUAAUAGAAGAAAGCAUUUUCUUCAGAGGGAAAAUAAUAGCCAUUCAGUUGAGCAAAAGCCACAAGUAAAACAGGGUAAGAGGUCACACUCCCAGGUUUAAGAUGCAUUUCUCCAGGUAGAGAUACCUGGACUAUAGGUAGAGAUCAGUGAGCAUUUCAGAGGUAACACAUAGUUAGUCUGUAUGAAUGCUGAUAUUGCAUGAGUACUUGUACAGAAAUGCAUGUGGAUUAGCGUCCAUAUGGUGCUAGGUUUUUUCCAGAAUCCCUGGAAUAUAAAAAGAAAAGAAUUAUAGACAGUAUACUAGUAAUUUCAAUAUAUAGGUGGCCCUGAUUCAGGAAAGCAUGUAUGCAUGUGCUUAUUUAUAAGCAUGUGCUUAAAUUCCAUUUACUUCAGUGGGACUUAAGCACAUGCUUAAGUGCUGUUCUGAAUUGCGAUGAAUUCUGAAUUACUUGUAGCAUACUACUGCAGCAAUUCCAGUCAAAUUGAGUUACUUGGAGCAUACUAUAGUAAUGCCAUGAUAAACUUCAGCGUUCACUUCUAAUUUUUUUCUUCUUUUACAAACACACAAAACUCCUCAGGAUAUAAGGAUUUGCCAUAUUCUAUUAUAAAAGCGCGGUCUGAUUUCCCAUAUGAGGCUGUUUUAAGUGUUUUCAGAGACUGAGUCACUAUGAUCAAAUUGUUUAGAAACGAUACAUGAAGGAAUCGUAAGCAUGGUGUAUUACAUAGCUCUAUCUGUAAUUUACACUGUGCCUGGUCUAUUUCAGUGUCUAUACAUAUUGGACAGUAUGUAUGCAUAUUUCAAGGCAUAUCCACAUUAAGGAGGAUUAGAGCAAUGUCAGUGCCAGUUUUGUGUGUAGAAGAUCAGGCCCACAGAGUAUUGCAUCAAAUUAUAGAUCCUUCUGAAACUUUUUGUUAAUAUCUGAAUCCUAAAGUGUAUGGACCAGCCACUUUGCUAGUGUGAAUUGUGGAGCUACACCAGCUCUACCACCAGAGCAGAUAAUCUAGUCUCCAAUUUACGUGCAUGAAGCCCCUAAGGUAGACUUGAAAGAUUUCAGUGACUUGGUUUUAAUUUGGCACAUUUUUUGUGAUGGGAUGUCAGACUUCCUUCUGUCCUAAAAGUGUCCACGUUCCUAAUCUCUGUACAUUGAGUGUUGCCUUUUCCAGGGCUAGGAGCUCUAUCUGUGUUACCUUCUGUGAGAUCAGAAAAAGUAGUUUAGCUCAGAUGCCACAUCACUCUUUCACUGUGAUCUGUGUGUCUCUCACAAACCACCGGCUGUGGUUUAGCCUUGUUUCAGUCUUACAAUUUUUGAAUGGGAAAAAGGGAGAGGGAAGGUGCGCAACCAAGCAAUGUUACAAAUAAGUUAUUUUUAAUACGGAAAAGGUGAUGUAAAAAGUAUGUUCGCCUUUAAUAUUAUUAAAUAUAGGACCUCUUACAUGAUGUUUUGGUGGCUGCUCCUUGUUGUCUUUGACCUUAGAAAUGACAUCCUGCUACAUCAUGUGGUAGCUCCUGACUUUGCUCUUUUCGGGCCAUACAAUAUCCUUGCUUACAUGCAACUCCAUUGACAGGCAUCAGUGGAAGUCACAUUCUCUAUUCAAGGGUACAGUAUGACCCUUAAAGUUCAAUCUUGCUUCCUUUAAUGUCAAUAAGAGUUUUGACAUUUACUUCAAUGGGAGCAUGAUAGGGUCCUUAUAUCUAUCCUUCACCCACUGAAGUCAACGGGAGAGAUGCCAUUAACUUCAAUAGGAGCAGGAUCCACCCUUACAGAAAAUAAAUAAGGAAAUAAAAAACAGGCAAGUGAAAUACAUGGAAAUAUAGUAUAGCCACAGAGGAAUCUGAACGUGCACAUGGUGUAGUCUCCCCAUGUAUUAACAAUCAAAUGUAGGUAAGAGGGAACAAACUAGUUUCUUUCUUUAAAUGGUGAUUUUACACGUGUUUUGAAAUUGAUGAAUAUUCAAGUUAUUUUUCCAGUUGUGGAUCCAAUAUUAAAGCUGGUGGGAAGUUGCUUUUCAGGCUCUGUGAUGUCAUCUGUAUUUGGGAGCUAGAGGGCUCACGGUGUUUGCAAAUGAGACAGAACUUUUCACCACUAAGUCUACAUUGAGAUUUAAGCCAAUACAAAGAGCCAGGUGUGUUUGCAGUGGGGCACAAGCUUUAUUAGUGAUAACCUUGAAACGAUACAGCUAGCACUAAGUCUGUGUGUAGUGAGACCAACUUGAUUAACUUCUUAAGUGCCUUCCAGCACAUCUUCCCUGUUUGGGUUUCAGAAACACUUGCUAAUAUUGAAAACCCCAAUAAGGUGUAAGUGUGAACUGGCAGCCAAGGUACGCUACCUGAAUCUGGAGUCUGCGGAGAUGAUUAUUCUGCUUCAUAUUUAUUCAGCUGGGUCUGGGUUAGCACACUGUGAAAAUGAUGGUCUAGUUUAUCACAGAUUCAUUCUGCCUGGUGGCACUGAUGCCCUCUCACAGCAUGUCCAUGGAUUUGAGGAGGCCUUCUCAGUGGUGGGUCAGGAUUGAGAUGAAGCUGAAUCCUGUUUCUCUGAAGGCAGCCUGCUGGGCGUGUGUUAGAUAGGAUUGGAGGGUUCUUGCUGCUCCAGUCAUGGAUCCUGUUGUUGGGUCUUCUUGCUCCCCACCGUUUCCCACUCCCACUUUUCUCCUGGCCUUAGCUCUGGUUUAUCUUGUAACAUGUGUCUUCAGUUGUAAAGCUGGGUGUGGGAUUCCUAUAACUCUGCGUUUUUCUCUGAACACUUUAAGAUCUGGCCAUUCAGAAUUUGAUUGAUGGGUCUGGUAAAGAAAUCUCCAUCUUCCGAUCCGUUGUGCUGGCAAAACACCACAUGCUAAUGGUGUAGCUCUAUGUGCUAAGAGACCCUAAUGUGGUUCUUGAGCCUUUUUUCCUUAGAGCUUUUAUUGUAACAACUGCUCUUUCAGGUUCCCCAUUUGGGGCAGGAAAUGAGGACCAUUAGUUGUUUGGUUAAGGUCACAAGGUCUGGUUCUUAUUUAAAGUAAGACUAUUUUACACGGCUCUUAGAGUGAGAGUAAACUACACUUGUACCCAUUGUGACGGCCUUUUGCACGGCCAACGUGGUGUAAGGUGACCUUAGGGUAAAUGAGCCUCAAGCCCAUAUUCUUAGCCCAGUGGAUAGAGCACUGGACUGAGAUUCAGCAGACCUGGCUUCUAUUCCCAGCUCUUCCAUGGGCCUGCUGGGUGACCUUAGGCAAGUCACUUCUCCUCUUGAGCCUCAGUUUCUGCAUGAUGGAAAGGGCUGUAGAAGAGCUAGGGAUUCUUUUUAUUUAUUAUGUAAUGAAGUCCGCAAACUGCACUGGAGCGAACCCACGGUCCAUUAUCCUUGGCAAAAGUUUCCAGAACUCAUUAUCACGUGAACAUGGUUUUUAAUCUGUUCACCCCGUGUGUGGAUGAGUUUGCAGGCAGAUUAGCCUCUUUCGCAUAUUGUGAAUGGGAAGCUACUGCUACUCUCCUGGUGGUGGUGUUUAAGUUACAUAGGUCGGUGUUUAUCGGCUGCCUUUGUCUUUCUCUCAGCUCUCUGCUCUAAUUGACACUAGCUUCUUUUGCACAAAUUACACAGCUUUCCACCAAGUCCAUUUUGACUGUCCUGGACACCGGACUAUUUGAUGUGCUCUUGUGCUGCACUUCAUUACUUCUUUGUGAGCUUAACGGAUCUUUCCCAGCCUUUCCUCUCUUUGAUCUUCUGGUUUGAUGAGCCUCUGUCCUUUUAAGAGCAGACCGUCCACUAUAUCGAUGCCUCAUUUGUACUGCCAGUAUUGUAGGAGCUGUUCAGGGAUUGCUCCCUUUCUUAGCCUGCCUGUCUCUGCCUAUCUGCUUAAGUAUCGGCAAGUCCUAGGACCUUUGUUGUGCUUGCUCAGUUUGGACUGGGUCGCUGGGAAGCUUUGACUUAUCUGGUCUCUGUACAGCUUGAGUUCUAUUAAAAAUUCUUCUUUCAUCACCGGGCUAUGUGAGGAAACGCUGGAGAGAGCAUCUGCCCACACAAGGCUUAUCCUGGGAAUGUGCAGUACUGUGUAGUUGAAGAGAAGUCAGUGCGGGUGGAAUCUCAGUGUUUAGAAGGGUGGCUCAUGCUGGAUCUUCAACCACAGCAAGGAGCUCCAGACAGGAGAUUGUCAUAAGCAAGGGAGACUGAAGAACAGACGAAGAAAGAUAAAGGAAUAAUGACACUAGACUGUGCUUUCCCACUCAUAAUGUGGACCCAAUUCUGGCAAUGGGGUGGAAAUUGUCCACAUCACUUCUGGCUCUCUCAAAACUCUUGGCGAGCCCAGUCAAUCCAACAGAAACGCCAGAACAUCAUUUCAUGGUGACACCUAGGGCAAUGACCCAGACCCACAGCCAGGUCCCAAACUCCUGCUUCUGGGCAGAAAGAUAUUCGCAUGCUAACCAGUGUUUGCCUGUUUGGGGCCCAUUUGUGCUACUAACCAAAAUUUGGGCCCUGCAUUUGUAAACAAGGAGCAAGCUUCAUCUCUGGAACUCUGGUGAUUUCAAGGGCUUCACGCCAAGCAGACGUGGGCCGGUUGUUGAAGUGUUACUGGUUUUGGAGCCAUUUAUUGCUAAAUCUCUUCCUGGGAAAGGAUUGUCUUUCAUCUUUUUUCUUAACAUCUGUAGCAGGGCUCACCUAUUCCUGCUUCUGCUCUCUAGCACAGUGAACAGGAACUCAAAAUUCGUCAGCCAGUUUUAAAACUCCCUCAGGUUUGACAGUUUGCAGUGGAACAGUUGCAGCAGGAGGAUCCCUAAAGGGAAUUAACACUAGCACUUUUCAGUCUGACAACUGAAAAAGAAAGUUGGCAGCAUUAGAGAAAGAUGCAGUGAUGGUCAAAGUUCUGGGAAACAAAGAAAGGAGACUCAUUUCCGAGGGGGCUAGCAGGGAGUAUUUGUUAGGAAGUGUUUACUGAGCGGUGGGAUAUGAGUGGGAACUUCAUCAUAAUACCAGAUCAAAUGGAAAGGAAUGCAUAAGACAGAGUGGUGGAAAUGUCAGUCUUUGACACGUGCAGAAAUAGAAAUAACGAGGGUAGAGAAACCAAGAAUAAUAAACAAAAGGGAAAGCCUUGGGUAGCUGAGCAUCUACAGCUCGGCUCUGGGCUGAAAGCCAGCAGGGGGUCCAUGGCUGUGAGUUGUUCAAGUGCUCCAUCGAUGCCUAAACUGGAUUGCAGCCUAUCCGUGGUGACAAUUAGUGUCCCGCUCCCCAUCACAGAAAUAAGGUCAUAUUUGGCCACGGGCAGAAGAACUUGAUUUAAAAUUCCUUUCCUCCCCCGUCCCUCUGUUCCGCUGGCACAUGAAAGUCUGCAACAUCCUUGAAAGGGGGGGGGGGGAACUGCAUCCCUUUGUCGAGUGACAGCCCAGCCUGUGGUUUUGUUUUAUUUUUAUUUUUAUCCCUUUGCAUUGGACUAGAAAUAGAAAUGCAGCAGCACCGCCUGGUUCCCGGAAGGACAGGCUGGGUACUUGGGAGAGGGAAAUUGCAAGAGAUGCAAAAAAGGGUAAUAAGGGCAUGUCAGAUCCUUCCCCAGGGAACCCAGCAAACUCUGGCAAAACAUAGGCAGAGCAGGCCACUCUAGUCAGGAAAGAGCCACCACAUCCUCCUGAGGGAAGAGAAUCUAGUUUUAUUAUCUUGUAAAGCCGCGCAGAACAGAACCACUGAGGUCUUUGACCUGCUGCUGGUCUUGAUCACUGAGACACUGGCCACACAUGCAAAUAGUUCAGCUCACCUGCACUGACCCCUUUCACCAGGAAAUGCGAAUUUAUAUAGAGUCAGAUUCUGCAAUGCUUAUUCACACUGAGCAGUGCCUUACUGCAUAAAGAGUCUCACUAAUUUCAUUAGAGCCGCUGGAGGAGCAAGGCAGUCCUCAGUGAGGUUGGGAUGGUAUAAUCUUGCCCAUGGCUUCCUGCGGUCAGUCUGUCACAGGAACUUCAGUAUCAAUGUUAAUUUUUCUGCAGUGAUUUAUUUGUUGGGGGGGAGGGGUGUCUUAUGUGGGAGCAAUUUGUUCCAAUUUCAUUAUUUUACAGACAGUUUCUCUUUCCCUUUCUCUUGAAUAGAAGCAUUUUAUUCCAUUAGUAAUCCCAUUGGCUCCAAUGGCACCACUUCUGGAGUCGGGUGCUUUUCUACCUGUGCCAAGGUAUCCGAAUCUUGCCCAUAUAAAGUGGGAGUCCCCUUUUGUGAAGCUUCUGGUGGAAUUGCUGUCUCGUUGUUGAGUUUCAAGCCGUUGCCCCGUUGUUGUGUUGGGAAGAAAGGGACAGAGCCUUUCAAUCACACAGGUGUCCAUACUGGCCAGGCCUGGUUGUAGUUUCUUGGCUUAAAAAAGAAGAAGAACGUAAACGAAAGUGAGUUUCAAAAUGUGUUGGGUACUAGAUAUUUCCUGGCAUACUGAUAUCCCUUUUAAAUAGCUGUCUUCCUCGGCAUUCAUCAUUGUUGUAGCAAAACACCCGGAGUUACAGCUAUUGCACCUAAUACAUUCAGGAGAAAGCAUGGCUAGAAGGAAGAAUGUGCACAUAGGACCAAAUUUGCAGCUGGUGUAACUCCUUUAAUUUCAACAGAGUUACAGCAUUUAACCCUCACAGCCAGGUCCAGUUACUUACUCAGGUAAAACUCCCCUGGAUUUCAGUGGGAGAGUUGCUGGUUUUUUUGAACAAAGAUUACAGGAUUUUGUGUAGGAGAUUCUACAGUAAGGACACAAUAUAACACUUGACCAUAUGAAACCCAGCAGAGUAGAUUCUCUGCUGGCACAAAGGGAUAAAAACUCCAUUAAAGUAAAUGGAGCUGAGUCCAUUUAUGCAAGCACAGAUGUUGGUCCUAUGUUUCAAAGACUGGUUGCUGUAAACAAUCCCUAUUGUGAAUAUUUAAUUGUGGGGUCAAUUUCCAGGAUUAUUUUAUCAGAAUUCAUGUUGGAAACUCCAGAUUCCAGAUAGAUUCCCUGCAUGCAUCUGUAAUACGUGAAUCUUAAAUGUUAUGUAUUGGUUUUAUUGUGGCUAGUGAUGAGGCAGCUGAAGUGGUUCCAUUCGGUUAAGCAUCCGUCUGAAGGUCAGGCUGGGAAUCUCAGAAAAUCAGCCCUCUCGUGAAGGAAAGCUGAAUCUACUGAAGGCCUGAUCCACCAUUGACAGGAAUUGGGGGCCCAAAGGGUUUGCAGGAUGGGAAAUAGCCUCUCUCCCACUAUUUCUAUUCCCAGUCCUAGCUGCAGCCAAGAAGAAUGGAGGUUUAUGGGUUUGUUGGUUUGUUUUUUUAAAAAAGAAAAGGUGUUUUCUUUUAACCGGAUGUUUUUGAACAUAAGAAAGAACAUUCAGAUUUGUUUCAUUUUAAGUUGUGGGGUAAACUCGAGGCUGGUUCUGAUUUUAUCCAAACUGGUUGGUCCAUCUCUAUUUGCAGCCAAUAAUUCCUUUAGUUUUAUGCAAUAAAAGGUUAUUGUCUUCUUUCAAAGAGUUGUUUAAACAUUUCAGAUAUCCCAGAGCUGGCUCUCUGACCACGUAGCAGGACUCAGUCUCGGUAGUGCUCAAUCUGCAAGAAGACUUUUGGGAUUUGCCAUGAUGAUGAUGAUGAUGAUGAUGAGAGCAGAAUGGUUCAUCUGGCACAUGCAGUCGUAACUGGAUAUGCUGGCAGCAGUAGGUAGAGAGGGACCUGAAGCUGGUCCUGAAAAUCCUUACACUUCAGGGAUGCCCAUAUCCAGAGCCAAACUAAAGAGAUGACUCCUGUCUCUAUAAUGGGCCAAACUGAAAUAAUCUAUCUGGGUACCUCUGAACAUUGAGGAAGUCCAGAUUCAGAUCAAAAUUUCAAGUUUUAGGCUGAGUUCUAGGCCUGUAUAGGUUUCCUCUGACAAAUUUACAGCCAUGUCUUAUUUGUAAAAUUCCACCAUAGCUGCUUUUCUGCCUCUGUUACUAACUGUAGGAUAGCAGUCAUGGAUGGGUCAAUAUUCCAUUUGACAUGCAGGUGGCAGUCUAAAUAUAGCGGGAUUUCAGCCUCCCUCACGUUAUGCACCCAGAAAUGUCUCUGGGGUACUUGCAAAACAGUACAUCUUUAACAGGUUCUUUUUCUUUUCUUUGCUAUGGAAACUCCUUCAGAUUUAGAGUAAUGUCUAAUAAUGUGUCCGUUUGAAAAGAAGAAUGUCUAGGGAAAUAAUUGCACUGUUAAUCAAUUGGUGUAUAACAUGAAGCAGAAGUAUUGAAUGUAAGAACAAGAAAGCCUAUGAGUAAUUACAGUACAUGCUGGAUUCAGACGUGUAAAUUGUUGUUAGUUCACUUGUCAUUUAAACUGCAUGUGAUCCAAGCAAAUUUCUCACUGUGGCACUGCUAGUACGGGUGCGGUUGUCAGUUUAGAAGGCAAUUUGAGGCCUCUUAGGAAGAGGAAACCUGUCUAGUUGAAUCUCCUUCUAUGCUGAUACAAUUUGGAAGUCAAAGACAUGCUUUUCACUUCUUGGUGCCCUGUAUCUUAUAACACUGCAUAGCCUAGAAGCACAAGAAAAGAGAACCAGCUGGAUGUCUUUGUUGUUACUAGCAUUUGCCUAUUUUCUUAAUCACAAGCUAAAAUAAGCCACUCUCACCACGUUCUUCAUGCCCCUAUUAUCUGAAGAACGCGUAUUGCCUUCAUUCUUUACCCUGAACUUUGCAGUGCUUCGGUAGGCUGCAAUUCUGUUGAGAAAUAAAUUGUGCUAAGGGAGGUGUGCAGCUGAAUUGGAACCUGAUCAUUGAUUACUGUCAUGUCAUGUAUUGAUUUUGUAUCAUUUCAUCAUUAAUAACAAAGCUGCAAUAUAAUAUAACCGAGAGGCCGUAAUGUAUUUUCUGUUGUCAUUCAGAUGGGGGAUGGGAGGAUGGGGGAAGAAAGGGCUGAGUUUAAAGUUUAGCAGGCAUACUUUAGACUCUCUGUACAUAACCUUCAAGGACAUAACAGUUGUAGGGAUUGAGUUGUAUUUUGCUAGCCUGGUAAGCUUCUUUUUGUUUUGUUUAAAUAGUGAUGUAUUUAACUAAUGACAUGUUGUACAAAGCAUUGUUAAUUUAAUGGAUGUUUUGAUUUUCCUAGAACAGAUCCAUAUAACAUUUCAUUUUGGCAAGAACUUUUCAUAAGCCAGCACCAGUAUUGCACACAGCAUUAAGUUGACUAGUUAUGCUUUUUUUGUGGGGGGAGAGGGAUUUUUUUUCUUUGGACAAAUAGCAUUACCCAUUGUUAACUUACUGCUUGGGGCUAUAUCUUGAAUUUCCUUUUAAAAUGAAAUUUAAUGUAAAGUUGCCUGUGAGGGAUAUGAACAAGCAAGAGGCUAUGCCAAAAUGUCUCAGUUGUAUCAUCUUGUAAUAUAUUGCAGCUUUAUGCCAAUGAUUCCUUGCUUAUCUGUACACGGUACAUGCAUGUUUUGAACUAAUUCUGCAUUCUCCAUUUGUGGUGAGUUAUUUAGCAUUUUUACCACCUUUUGUGCCAUUCAACUUGUACAGAAAACAUUUUUAUUGAUGUUUUAAAGGGUAAAAAAAAAAAAAAAAUCUGCUCCAUAGCUGUAAGUAGAACUCGAUUACUUAGCUAACAGAUGUAAAUUAGUGGUCGUAGUAUUAGAAACGCUAGGUUGCUAGUGAACAAGCUUUUGAGAGUAAAUGCAUGGUAUUGUACAUCUCAUUUCUUAAUUCAUUCUUCCUUUACCUCUGAAAAGAAGAUUCUCUCUCUCUCUCUCUCUCUCUCUCUCUCUCUCUCUCUCUCUCUCUCUCUCUCUUUCUGUCUUUCUCUCUGUCUCCCACUCUCUCAUGGUUGUAAGUUACAGAUUUGGGCAUAAGUAAAAUAAUAUACAACAAAGUUUGAAAAGCAGUUGUCAACAGGCUCUCCUGAGUAUGUGUUACGUAUCAAAGAACAAUGCCUUUGGAACUCUGAAUAGACACUGAACUUUAAAGUAAAACAGAUAAAGAUCAGUCACAUAUUGUCUUUGAUUGAACUGUACAAUUAGUUAAAUAUUCACAAGAUCAUAUCAUUAGUAAAAGCUGUGAUCUUAUUUACCCAUUUCAACAGAGGCGUUAGGCAUGUGAUGUAUUUGCAAAUCAUUAUGCCACAUACAUGUCUGUUUUUAAUGGAUGUCGUCCCAUAGGUCUGGAAUUGCAGAGUUUGCAUAUGCUCUUUGAUUUUACUGAAUAUUCAGUGGAAGGUCGGGGGAUGAAAUUGUGUUAGCGGUUCUGAAAACAUCUCCUCCUCUUCCACAUUCCCAGACUCUGAUUUCAAUUUACAGGGUUUCUUUGGUAGUUGUGCCUCCGUUUGCAACAGAGGACAUACAACAUUAAAAGUUUGGAAAAUAUGGGGUCACUUACAAAGAUGGGGUCUGUAAGAAACAAAGGAAACAGACAUGAACAACUCCCCCAAAACCUACCAAUCCUAGAUCCGUGGGUCUAUCCCUCAUGCCUCUUCUCUCUUAGCAGUAUUUCCUUUUGUUAGAAGACUUAACGUUCUAGCCCAAAUUUCCAUUUUUGUGAGGUGUUGUGAACUGUUUUUACUACUUGUAAUAAUCAUCCCAGAUCUGAUAAUACUUGUAAUGCAAUGCCAUGCAGCAGAGAACCUGUCCACUUUCUAGCUUUUGCUCUCAAUAUUUGUUAUUCAUUCUUUUCUCAUCUAAAUGUACAUUUGCAAGAUGUGUGUAAUGUCACUUUCAAAAAUAAAAUUUGGUUUCAAUA